UUGACAGUAACUACACAGAGCCCCCUCCCACUCUGUAGACCUGCAACUCAAGCCAUGUGCACAUUUACAGCUGCUCACAGUUAGUUCAAAUCUCCUCAGCUGUCUCCUUAACUACCCUUCGCACUGUUUCAAAUGGACAUUUUGGCUGUUCCUGCAGACAGGCCUAAAGGAUGGUAUCUUUCUCUCAUGGCGCCCAACACAAAAGGACCUGCUUUUGCCUGGCUCGACCCCUCCAGACUCUACUGUAACUCACAGGCUCUUGCAGACUGUGUCAAAGACCUACUUGGCCCAUUCCACAAUGACAGCAUUGAUAUUGUUGCAGGGAUUGAUGCAAUGGGCUUCAUUCUUGGGGCAUGUGUGGCUACAACACUGGGAAAAGGCUUUCUGGCAAUUCGCAAAGUUGGGCACUUGUGUGUGGAGACCCAAACUCAGAACUACACUGACUACUCUGGCAGAGAGAAGACCAUGGAAGUGCGGCUGGAUGUACUCAAACCAGGUGUCAGAGUGUUGUUAGUGGAUCAAUGGAUAGAAACCGGAGGAACCAUGAAAGCUGCGAUUGAGCUGGCGGAAAGACUAGGUGCCACUGUAGUGGGUGUCGCAGCUGUGGCUAUUGAAAAUACUGAAGGUGGAAAGUGGAUUAAGAAAAAUUACAAGUUCUCUCACUGUAUUCCUGAGGAGCUCCAAAGCCAAAUUGACCAAAAAUAUCUUAACUCCUUCAAGAAUGAACAACUGAAAAAAACUCAAAUUCAAAAUUCAAAUUCAAAAAAGUUUGUCAAUCCUUCAUACGAAACAUAUGAAGAAUCGAAACUGUGUUUCUCACUCUCAGGCGUAUAAAUAAAUAAUUAUAAAUGGAAAAGUUCAAAAUAGUAAUUUUAUGAGAAACAACAGAAUUUUGUGAAGUAAAAUUAUAGUUUUUGUAUAGAAAUAUUUUAUUUUUUAACACAUACUUUGACACAAAAUGCAUAAAUGUAUUUAAA